CCUUCUUCCCCUUUAAAUAAUCACCCUUCACCUUCAUCACAACUCUCCUUUUCUCUCAAUUUCCUUUUUGAUCCAAUCUCCCAAUUGUUGCUACAAGCAGCUGGCAUUUUUUGCCGGUGACUUUCAACGGCGAUACUUGUUAAUAUAUAUUUUUUUCGGGCUUUGUGCCGUGACGUUUUAUUUCUGUAACAAUUGGGUUUUGAUUGAUUGGCUUUAUUGGUGAAAAUUUUGGUACAUAAGAUCAAAGGGGAUUUGUUUAGAACAUUGAAGCUGAUUUUCAUUCAUAAUUUCUUCAUACUGUUUCCCUGGUCUGUGAAUUACAAGGAGGAUCGUUAAAGCGAAUGAACAGGAAAGAUGAGGAAUCUCUGCGGGUGAGAGCUGUACCAAACCCGCCUCCAUUGCCAGUGGCUUUGACAAGGAGCCGGCAGGAGAGCACAUUUGUAGCAAGGAAAUCAGCAGUGAGAAAAUACUGCUGCGCGCCAACAGCUACAAAGAAUACGUGGGAUUGCCUCUUUGAUGAAGGUGAUAGAGCCGACGUUUCAAUUAACACAGAUAGUGGUGGCAUCCUCUACGUGCAUGCUAGUAUUUUGGGUGUGAAUUCUCCAGUAUUUAAAAGCAUGUUGAGUUUGAAAGAAUCAAGAGCACGUGGUCGAAGUGGUCAUCAGAGCUCCAUCUCCAUAAGUGGGGUUCCACCUGAGGCUGUUCAAGUUUUCAUCAGAUUCUUGUAUUCUUCCAGGUAUGAGGAAGAAAAAAUGAAGGAGCAUGGGCUGAGCCUGCUGGUGCUAUCGCAUGCAUAUGCAGUCGUCCAUCUAAAGCGAGAAUGUGAGUGGCAGCUGGAGCAAAGAUUGAAUGCGGAAAAUGUGGUUGACAUCUUCCAGUUGGCACUCUUGUGUGAUGCCCCUCGGCUUAGCCUUCUUUGUCACCGUUUUAUGCUGAAAAAUUUUAAGCCUGUUUCUGCCACAGAGGGAUGGAAAGCCAUGAAGCAAAGCCAUCCUGUGCUUGAAAAACAGAUGUUGAAAUCCGUAAUUGAUGAGGAUAUUAGGGAAAAAGAAAGGUUGAGAAAGAACAAUGAGAGGAAAAUCUACGUGCAGCUAUAUGAGGCUAUGGAAGCUCUGGUUCACAUAUGCAAAGAUGGCUGUCGUACAAUUGGGCCACAUGAUAAGGUUUUGAAAGAGGAUCAAGAACCAUGCCAUUAUGCAGCGUGCAAAGGGCUAGAAUCGCUCAUUCGUCACUUUGCCGGCUGCAAGUUGAGAGUACCUGGUGGCUGCAUCCACUGCAAGAGAAUGUGGCAAAUUUUGGAACUGCAUUCUCGCCUUUGUGCCAAUUUGGAUGUGUGUAGGGUUCCUUUAUGCAGGAAUUUUAAGCAGAAGCGCAGAAAACAGAAUAAGAAGGAUGAAAUGAAAUGGAGAAUAUUGGUGAGAAAGAUUGUGAGAUCCAAGAGCAUUUCUGGAGCUCCAUUCUUCUCAUUUGAAUCCACUUAAUGUGCAAUACAAUCAAUCACUGUUGCACCUUAUUGAAUUCAUUCUUUAAAUAGAUAUUAUUGUAUUAAUACGGAAUUUUGUGUCAAGAUACACCUUCUACAAUGUAUCUAUACAACUCAUUGUAACACUUUAUUGUAAGAUCAAUGUUCAUUAAAUUACUAAGCUAAUUUGAGCUCGA